CCAGCUCAACUCGACACGAAGAGCUAAAAUCAACAACAAAUCUUUAAACAAACUCACAAAUACUGCUCUGGCUAACAGACAUUUAUAAAAACAACACUUUCGGGCUGUUCCAGCUUUUGUAGUUGUGGUAUGUGAACAGUUUACCUCCUGAGCUCGAGCGCUGGUCAACUUUUGCUAGGAUGCUAAAGUUAAGUUAGCUAAAGGUUUUCGGGAUGUUUUCGAGUUUUCUCUACAUUUAAUCCAACAUGACAACAGCGUUGUAUUAGCUCGUAAACGUAAUGGUUAACAGUUAAUAAGUCCACGGUACACACGGGUAAAUAUCGGUUAACGCUGGCUGCGUGUUGUCGUUAUGGGAGAGAAGGAGCUGAGUCUCAUUGACAAGAAUAUAACGAGUUUGCUGGAUGUCCCUCUGAAUCCCACUGUAACAUCACUCAAUCUGCACUGCAAUCACAUCCCGAGGAUCGAGGGCCUGACCUCAUCUUGGCACCUGCGGCACUUAGACCUUUCUUCCAAUUGCAUUUCAGAGAUUGAGGGUCUAAGUUCCCUCACUUCCCUACGGACUUUAAAUUUAUCCUGUAACUUAAUCACCAAGGUUGAAGGACUGAACGGACUUGUGAACCUAACGAGAUUAAACUUGUCCUACAAUCAGAUAAACAACCUCACUGGAUUGUUGUAUCUUCAUGGCACUGGAUACAAGCUGAAGCACCUCAGUCUCCAUGGCAACCACCUGGACAGCAUCGAUCACCUCCUGCAGUGCCUGCUGGGAUUGCAAAGUUUAGGAGAGGUCACGUUGAGUCAGGAUGACAGAGACAACCCUCUGUGUAGGUCACCAGGUUACAGGGAGAUUGUUAUUCAGUCAUUGCCACAGAUCUCUGCUCUGGACGGUCUGGACCGGCUUGGAAAUCCAACACUUCCAGGUCUAGGGAGUCCCUGUGAUAUCCCUGGACUAGAGGACUACCUGGACCUCCUGCUGUCCUCGGAUACUAGUCACAGUGAAGUGAUUAGAGAGAAUGCCCACGUCACCACACCCCGUAUCAAUGAGGUGCUGACCCAGUUUCGCCAGCGCAUUGCCUCCCAAGCAAUCACAGAUCCAGUCGCACAGGUUUCCUCUGCUGCGACCGAUCCAGCAGACCCAGUUAAUGAACAACGUAUCAGGAAACUGGAGCACCAGGUGUCCCAGCUCAUCCAGAAGGUCCCUGCGGAGAAUAAAUCCAGCAGCUCUACUCAUUCUGCGGUGACGGUACGCAAAGCCAAGAGGGACACAGAUCGCACGUCAGAAAGUGAGUGUGACAGCGGGAAGGAAAAUAGGAGGCGCUCCAGGAUCCCCAAACAUCGGAACAGCAUAACAUCAAGGACGACCCCAAAGGAGACCAAGAGCCGGAGAUCAGACAGCGAUCAGGAGAAUCAUAAACAGAGGAGUUCAAAAUCGGCUGAGGGGCCCAGGAGGAAGACUGGCGGCGCAGGAGGCACAGACGCAGCGAGGCCAAUAAGGAGGGAACCUGUGAGAGCUGCUAAGGCCUCGGGCGACGUGAAAACAAAGUCCACCGAGGAGGAGGAAACCUACAGGACUAUUGUGGAGGAGCGUGACCAGGAGAGGGAGAGGCGCUGGAAGGCUGAGCAGGCUGUGAGGAAACUAACAGAGGAGCUAAAGUGCCUGCAGACAAAGGUCCACGAGGAAAAAGACCUGCAGAGCAUGGCCCUGCACACUACCGACAGACUGAAAGAAAUGUUACUGAAGGAGCGAUCGGGGCGCUCUGAACUGCAGACUCGUGUUGAGGAGCUGGAGGGGAGGUGUCAGUCCCUAACGCAGCAGCUGGAGCAGGCCCGCAGCAGUGAGGAGCAACAUAAGACUGCACUGCACAGACUGGAGGAAAGCAUCUCCCAUGGAGAGACGCUCAGGGCUCGCCAGCAGGCUGAGGAGAUGAAGCGGCACCAGGAGCUGGAGAACAAGGCUGCAGCUCUGAAGAGAGAGUUGGACCUCCAGAGAGCCUCGGUGCAUCAGCAUAAACACAAACUGCAGCAGCUGCAUGAACUGCUGGCAUCCAGGGAACAAGAGCACAGAAAACAGCUGGAUUUGCGGUUGCAGCCUGGCGGGGCAGAUUUCCGUGACGCAGUGGCGAGAGAAGUUGCAUUGGUGGAAGAGAGACACGGCCACAGGGAGGUGGAGCUGCAGGAGAAGCUUGCAGAGGGCAGGCGACAGUACGCCGCUCUGGAGGACGAGUUCCGCAUGGCGCUAACCAUCGAGGCUGCUCGCUUCUCUGAGGUAAAGGAGGCUUGUGAUCAGAUGACUGCAGAGCUGUUGGGGCUGAAGGCGACGCUCGCCCAGUCCCAGCAGAGGGAGAAGAAAUCGGGCUCACUGGUGCAGGAGCUCACUGCCAUGGUCAAGGAACAGAAGAGCCGCAUCACAGAUCUCAUAAAAGCCAAGAGGGACGCCGUCACUGAUCUGAAGAGCCGUGUGCGUUCCUUAGAAGCAGAGGUGGAGCAGGACCGGCGUGUCGGCCUGCAGCUCGAACUGCUCAAGAAAGACAAGGCACGUCUGCUGUCUCAGCUCACGGCUCAGGAGUCGGUGAUCGACGGCCUCAGGGCGGAGAGGAGGAUCUGGGGUCAGGAGCUCGCUCAGCAAGGUGCGUCCUUGGCUCAGGAUCGCGGACGCCUGGAGGCCAGGAUAGAGGUGCUGGGCACUGAGCUGGAGACUCAGAAGAAACAGAACGAGAGAGACAGCGAUGCCUUAAAAAUCAAAACCAAGAUAAUUGACGACCAGACAGAGACCAUCCGCAAACUCAAAGAGGCCCUGCAGGAGCGUGAUGAUCAAAUCCGUAGGCUGCGUGAGGAGGCGGUCCAGGCCCAGAAGAGGCUCCAGGAGCAGCAGGAGGAGGAAACAGCUCGGCAGGCUGAGCUGAGGGAGCGUGUGGAGCAUUUGAGCCUGCGCAAGGAGGAGCUGAAACAGCAGCUGGAGGACAAGGAGGCAGAGCUGGAGGAGAUGAAAAGAGUUCACAGUGAUUCCAGUAAGAAGUGGCAGGCGAAGGCGGAGCUGCUGACUCGACUGGAGAGCCAGGUGAAGCGCAUGAAGGAGAACUUUGACUCUAAGGAGCGCUCGCUGCUGGAGGAACGAGAUAAAGCGACAGAAGCACACAAAGCUACAGUGGAGAAGUUACGCUGUGUUGAUGACGCAUUUCGUCGACAGCUAGAGUCUGCUCAGGCUGCACAUCAAGCUGAGCUGCUUCGACUGGCCAAUGAGAAGCAGAAACAGAUUGAACAAGCCAAUCAGAAGGUGUUUGAAGUGGAGGAGGAGAUGCGUCAGCUGCUGGAGGAGACGGAAACUAACAAGAGAAUCAUGGAAGAGAAAAUGAAACGUCUCACAAGUGUACUAAAAGACUUUUAACACAUGCUAUAUGGUAGCAUUUAAAU